UGUCGGGAAAUGUCUGUACGGUGGGCGCCAUAUUGGAGCAACAACUAUUGUUAUAAAUUGAGACGGGGCUGCUGCUGGCUGAGUUUACAUGUUUUCUGCGUGUUUGUUCUGAAAAUAUUUGGAUAUUUCUACGCAAGGUCAUGAAAGAGAUGUCAACGACUGGUAACAGUACGCUUGGCGGGCAGCAGCCUCGGAAACAUUAUGGCAUCACUUCUUCAAUCAGCCUGGCCUUUCCCAGAGAGAUAGACCAUAUCUACACUCAGAAGCUCACUGAGGCUAUGAAACCAUUUGGAGUGUUUGAGGGUGAAGAUGAACUCAAUCACAGACUUGCAGUUCUUGGAAAGCUGAAUUCAUUUGUGAAGGAGUGGAUUGCAGAAAUCAGUGAAUCAAAGAAUCUUCCAACGUCAGCAGUAGUGAAUGUUGGGGGCAAAAUCUUUACUUUUGGGUCAUAUAGGUUGGGAGUGCACACAAAAGGUGCUGAUAUAGAUGCUUUGUGUGUUGCCCCACGUCACGUCGAAAGAACUGACUUUUUUUCAUCCUUCUUUGAAAAACUAAAACGGCUUGAUGAGAUUAAGGAUCUACGAGCUGUAGAAGAUGCAUUUGUACCAGUCAUCAAAUUCAAGUUUGAUGGAAUUGAGAUUGAUCUGCUGUUUGCCAGGCUGGCUCUACAGUCAAUUCCUGAUAACCUGGACCUGAGAGGAGACUCUCUCCUCAGAAACUUGGACAUCAGAUGCAUUCGCAGUCUAAACGGUUGCCGUGUUACAGAUGAGAUCCUAUAUCUGGUGCCUAAUAAAGAGAACUUCAGAUUAACAUUGAGAGCAAUUAAACUGUGGGCCAAACGACGUGGAAUCUAUUCCAACAUGCUAGGCUUUCUUGGUGGAGUUUCCUGGGCUAUGCUCGUGGCCAGAACUUGUCAGCUCUAUCCAAAUGCUGUUGCCGCCACACUUGUGCACAAGUUCUUUCUGGUCUUCUCUAAAUGGGAAUGGCCAAACCCUGUGCUUUUAAAACAACCUGAAGACAGCAAUUUAAAUCUGCCAGUCUGGGAUCCACGGGUGAAUCCAUCAGACAGGUAUCAUCUGAUGCCAAUCAUCACUCCUGCAUAUCCACAACAGAACUCUACCUACAACGUGUCCACUUCCACACGCACCAUCAUGAGUGAAGAGUUCAAGAAUGGUCUCACUGUUACAGAUGAAAUUCUUCAGGGUAAAGCCGACUGGUCCAAGUUGUUUGAACCUCCUAACUUUUUCCAGAAGUACAAGCAUUACAUUGUCCUCACUGCCAGUGCAUCCACUGAGGAAAACCAUCUGGAGUGGAUUGGACUGGUCGAAUCAAAGAUAAGAGUGUUGGUUGGAAAUUUGGAGCGCAAUGAGUACAUCACCCUUGCCCAUGUCAACCCACAGUCUUUUCCCGGGUCAAAAGAGAAUCACAACGAAAAUGAAUUUGUUUCCAUGUGGUUCAUUGGAAUCAGCUUCAAAAAACUGGACAACUCUGACUGUGUGAAUAUUGACUUGACCUACGACAUCCAGUCCUUCACAGAUACUGUUUAUAGGCAGGCCAGCAAUAUCAACAUGCUAAAGGAUGGCAUGACUAUUGAGGCCACACAUGUGAAGAAAAAACAGUUGCAUCAGUACCUGCCUCCUGAACUUGUGCAGAGGAAGAAGAAGAGUUUGGGAGAUAUAAAUCGGAGCUCAAAUGGUGGGGGAUCAAAGCGCUGCUCUCUGGAUGGCAGUCAGCUGGACAGCUCCAGGGACACAGACAUCGGCACUCCAUUCAGCUCGCCUACACCAGUCAGCAAACCAUGCCAGCCAGCCUCCACACCUGAAGAUAGUAGUAUUAGCCCACCCAAGCAUCCAGUCCUUGUAUUCAUGGACAGCCCACCAGAAUCAGAAGUUUCUCCUCCAAAACCAGAACAGGGAAUGUCCAUUCCAGUCAUCGGAUCCAAGCCCAUCACCACUCCAGUUGCCAAGCCCCCAGCACCUCCCACUGGCAACACCAUUCCUACAGUGGUGGGCCGCAGUGUGAUACCCCGCAUUACCUCUUCCUCCCCUAGCCUAACUGAACUGCCCAACAGUAUCAAUGGAGCACCAAAGAGACCUCACUCUCCAUCUCUGGAAGAUCCACCUAAGAGGCACAAAGAUACAGAGGUGUUUUCAGAUGACUCUGCGUUUAAAGAGCCGUACCCUCCAAAUAGUAAUGGCUUGGAUGGUGAAGAGGGUCCAACAGUGGUGAGGGAGGGUCUUUCAGCAACCAAACCUAUGCCAAUACCAACAAUUGAUACAUCAAGAUCACAGAGACUACCCAGUAAAGAGCUUCCGGAUGCAUCUUCCCCAAUUCCCACAAGCAACCUCCGUGUUAUUAAAAAUUCAAUCAGGCUCACUCUUAACCGAUAACAAUGAGUUAUCUACAGGUUGUCCCUUAAAGAGUGGAACCACACUUGUGUAACAGCAGUGCUGCUUUUAAACUGCUACUGAUAUUUGGCUGGUCUUCCUGCUUGUUACAGAGUUAGUGUAAAGUAUUGCUCCCCCCUCCCCCCUUUUUUAUGCCUUACUGUGUCAAUGCUUGCUUAAACAUCUAUUUGAGCUUUUGAAACAAAUUGUACAGUAGAUGUAGUUUGUAUAUAACUUUAAAAAUCAUUGUUAGUCUUUCUAUGCCACCUUAAUGUAGUUUUUAUUAACAAAAAAAUUUUGAAAAAAAAAUUGUCCUGUUUGUCACUGUAAAUGAGAUUCUUCAUUGUUUGUCCGAAGGUUUUCGUUGCAGUCUUUUUGUAUUCGCUGUAUCGGUUCUGGUUCAGUUUCUGGGAGGACCUUUUGUGUGGGGUGCGUAUGUGUGUGAGUGUGUAGAUGGACUAGCAUUAGUAACUAAAAACCAAGACUCCAUUACCCAUCACAUUAAACGCUGCAGCCACUCCAUAGUUUUGUUAACAGAUCAGAACAAAAGAACAGUAUUAGAUCUGGGGUUUGGGUCUGUUGGCCAACAUUUAAAGGCAGAUCUGGUUUUACAAAGAGCUUGUGAUUGAGUCAGUGUUGGUUUUUGCGAGUGCAUGUGCAUGAUUGUAUUUCCCUGCGUCUAGAGCAUCACCCCUGCGCCUCCCAUGGAGGUCUGGAUGGCAGUGUCUCCUGAACUUAAAGAACAGAGACUAAAUGAGAUUUCUGCCCUCUUUCCAUGAUUUUCCUCUUUUUUUUUUUUUUUUUUUUUUUUUUUUUUUCUUUUUUUUUUUCUCUUCUUCCCUCUCAAUCUUUCCACAAGCUACUGUCCUACCCUGUUGGGAUGUACAGAGAACAUAAACUUACUAUUCAUUUUUGGGGUUUCUUAACAUUUUAUUUAUUUGUACCAUUAUAAUUUUUUAUAUCACACAGGUAUUGCAGUUGAACAACUUAUUCUUCUAGACAUUAAUUUCGUCACUUAGUUUGAAUCUUCCUUACCUUUAGGACAAUUUAAAAAAAAAUUACUUGUCAUUCUUUUUGUAGGGCAAAAAGUUGUAUUUGACAGGGUAUUUUUGUAUGUAAUGUAAACUGCCUUCUUUACAUUAAGAACAUAAAAAUCUCAAAACCCCAAA